CCACCUUUACACUUGUCUUAUCUAACCCUAUGUCCUUGACUGUGGUGGCAUACAUAACAUGUCAAGUGAUCAUCGGGCUUCUCCUCACCCUUCUCGGGUACCUGCUACGCCCACUCCGAAUGGCCAUUCAGGAGCGUCUUCGUCGACGCAGCGCGUUCGAGCUUCCGAACCACUGGUGUCCCAGUCCAGUAAUGGCGGGACCCAGGGUGGACUCAACCUUGCCUACUUGCAGGAUUUGCUCCUCAAGCUUGCAAGCUGCUCUAGCAUCGGAGAAGUCCUAAGAUUGCUUCCGGUUCCAGUACAGCCCGUCAGCCGCGACAUCCUCGAUGGGGUGUACCAGGCCUCCCUCAAGCUCGGCGGUGCAGAGGCACUGUUGGUCUUGUGGAAGGACCACCUCCGGUCCGGCCGGUUUGACGAAAUUGUACAACUCAACUCGUUGAAAGCCCCGUCCGUCCAGGUCUGCAAGGAGGCUUUGGGACCAGACGACGGAGGCCUGAGUGCACUGAACCUCGACGGCGCUCUCCGGGUUGCAAAGGAGAGCGCUCUGAAAGCCAUGAUCACGAUCAAGGAGCUGGAGGUUGCCAACCUUCAAAGCUUCGUUCAGCCAGCGAACAUCCAGAGUCGGUUAGUUCCGGCCUGGAGUGCGGUGGUUGCUCAGAACGCGGCCACUAUCACCACCGAGCAUUCCGUCGUUCUUGGGAACGAGGAUGUUCAGCGAAAGGUGUGUCAGGUCGCUGCGUCGAUCGGUGAAAGCUCAUCUCAACGGGCGCGACUCGCCAAGGAAAAGCGCGUUGAGAUGAGGAAGGAAGCGGAUGUCGACAUGACAGAUGGCUCAGUCGGGAAAAGGAAGAAGGAGUUCUGCGAUCUCCAAAAAACCACACAACAAAACGCAGAAACGACAGGAACGGAAGAAGACGAUGAAGAAGAUGGGCGCCUCACGAAACGGCGGAAACAACAAACGCAAGGGCCCCAACGCGCGAAAGCGGCCAGAGAGGCGCUAAGCCUGUUCCCAUCAGGCUUAGUACGCGUCGACCCGCGUUUCUUCAAAGUCUCCCCUCUCGCACGGAAAAUGUAUGUCUGGACACAGCUCACGGAAAAUGACUUGGAAACACUCAUGAGCUGGCGUCCCGGCGUGCACAAAGAAAAAGGGAUCAUCCUACCACGAGAAGUCGAAUACUCCCUUUCUCUGAAUCUGAAAUUCCUGUACCCGCAACGGCAGCGGGAUUGUGUCGUUUGGAACUGGUUCGAUGCGUUGGUUCGCAAGUCGAAACUGGCUUGGAUCUUUCGCAACAGACGACAAGACGUGUUGGAAGGCCUCCCUGCGGUCCCCUUUGUCAGGAAUCCAACAUGGCAACCUGUAAUCAAGUCACACUGGUUCAACCAGGGAGUUGAGUCUGGACGACGGUUACUCCAACUGCAACUGGCUCGACCGAUACCUGAACUCUCAACUGGACGGAGCGACGUGUUCCGACGUGUUGUGUUGUCCCCACAAGCCCUGGCCGACUGGCUCACGAAAGCUGAUCUUUUGUGUUUCAUUUCGGACAAGAAUCUCGGCAUUGUAGUGACUACCAGGAACUGGUACCUGGAACAGGUGAAGAAAUUCAUUGAACUACCAGUAUUCGAAUCUUUCAUUGGCGACUUUCCGACUUUCCAUCACUUGGUCGAACGCCAAUUAUCGGAGCUCUUUGCCGAUGUGACGGAUGAGACAAAAUUCUGGAUCUCUCCGAAGGUCCAGAAAUUUCUCGAUCAGGCAGAACAUCGAAAGGCCAUACCGCAAUUCCAUGGGAUACCAAAAAUCCACAAAAACCCAUGGAAGAUCCGACCGAUUGUGCCUAUGCACUCGUAUGUGACCUCGACGUUGUCGAUUGUCCUGCACAACCUCCUACUCCCGAUCCAGAGAUCCUUCUCCUGGAUUUGCGAAUCAAGCCGGGAAUUGUGUGAAGAAGUGAGAACCUUCAACCAGAGAGGUUUGUCUGUCCGUCUCCACACGGGAGAUGUGUCCGCAAUGUACACAUCCAUCCCUUGGGUUCACUUCAAAGUGGCCCUACGCUCCGUGGUUGAAAGGUAUCCACCAUACCAGUUCAAUCGUGCACUGUCGCAAUGGAUACUGCGAGCCGCGGAAAUUCUCUGGGAAAACACGGUCUUUCAACUCGCCAACAGAUUGUUUCACCAAACUGAUGGGGUCCCAAUGGGUAUCCAUUGUGGCCCGGUGUUUGCAAAUCUAUACUUGGCCUUUUACGAAAGACACUAUCUCGAACGUUUCGACGGGUUGUACCGCCGAUACAUCGACGAUAUUUUCGUCCUUCACCAAUCCGACGACGUUGUUUCCCAACUCAUUGUUGCCCCAGGAAUGGACAUAUCCUGGGAACAUUCUGGGAUUGGAUUAUCCUUUCUGGAUGUGUGGUUUCACACCCAUAUCGGAUCCCCAGAAAUCUGUUAUCGGCCGUACGAAAAGGUCGGUAACCACCACCAAUACCUCCCAUGGGACUCCUCACACCCUACCUCGGUGAAGAAGGGUUUGGUCAAAGGAGAACUCACUCGGGCAUCUUCAAUAUCAUAUCGACAGCCGUACUUUCAGACAUGGAAAGCGACAUUCUUGUCGAGGCUCAUUAGUCGAGGAUGGCCGAGACGCGCGGUUCGAAACUGGGGGAGACAGGUGCAAUGGAAACCUCGGCACGCGGAAUAUGGAACGGCCCGUGCAAAAAGAGGUGAUUUCAUUAUUGCAAUCUCUCAGUACAACCCCGCUUGGGAGAAAGUUUCUUCAUCCGACAUUUGGACCACGAUGUUGAGAACAUGGAGGCGCUGCGCACCUGCAGACAAAUCCCUGCCUUUCCCUCAACAUGUUAUGGUGUCCAAGAAACGGACCAAGUCCCUCUGGGAUACGGUUCGGUCGGUAAACCGAAGCCUGCUCCACACGGAGUAUGAAGAAACUUAUCUCGAAGAUGUUCAGUCGGACCUGUCAACCAUGGAUCUCGACGAACUUCCUUUUGAAGUGCCGCGACCCUUUCAGGGAUCUCUGCCGUCUGAAUAUUACCCCGAGGACGAGGGGGAAGGUACGGGCAGAGUGUAUCGUCAACCUGUUCUCACAGAUAUGGGAAGGGCGUGGAAGGCUUUGGUUAUGGUUGGCCCGGAAGAGGAGUUUCGCACAUUCUUUGUGUCAGCGGAAUGGGAUUGGGUUCAAAACCCUAACCCUAACCCUAACCAGAAAAUGAUGGCGGGAGCUAACCCUAAUCCGGAAAGCGCCCGGCGUCAAACCAUUGGCUCACAAUCACUGCAGAUCG